AUGUUAGAUUUAGGAACGUCAAUCAACAUGAUGCCUAAAAUCAUUUAUGCGUCCCGGAAUCUUGGGCCACUAAAAGAAACGGUUAUCAUAAUCCAACUAGCUGACCGCACCAAUGCUUACCCAGAUAGGCUAGUUGAGGAUGUUUUGGUUCAGGUGAAUGAAUUAGUUUUUCCAGCAGAUUUUUAUAUCCUGGAUAUGGGGGAUGUGAAGUCAAUAAAUCCGUCACCUAUUCUGUUAGGGAGACCGUUUCUUAGCACUGUUAGGACUAAGAUAGAUGUGAAUGAGGGUACUUUAUCAAUGGAGUUUGAUGGUGAAACUGUAAAUUUUAAUAUUUUUGAAGAGAUGAAGUAUCCAGAGGAAUCUAACUCAGUCUUUGCUUUGAGUGUUAUUGAACCCAUUGUACAGGAAAUCUUCGAACUGGAUGGUGAAAACGCAUUGGAAGUGGCCUUGACGAAGCAUCUUGAAUUAGGUGUAAUUCUUAAGGUGGACAUGAAGGAUGAGUUGCACCAGGCAGUUGAAGCACUACAUUCACUUCCGACCAUUUCUCCAAGGUAUGAGCUUACCUCUCUUUUUGUGCCAGAAACUCAGACAAAGUUGUUGUCUUCAGUUGUGAAGGCACCAGAGUUAGAGUUUAAACCCCUCCCGAAACAUCUGAAGUAUGCAUUCCUGGAAGACCGAGAGACGCUUUCGGUGAUCAUUUUUGCCCAACUAUCUCCAAGUCAAGAGGACAAACUGGUACGAGUCCUUAGUGAUCAUAAGGAGACGAUUGGUUGGAGUAUAGCAGAUAUCAAAAGAAUAAGUCCGUCCUUAUGCAUGCACCGAAUAAGGCUUGAGGAUGAUGCGAAACCGGUAAGAUAG